CUCAAACAAUGCAAUGCAACCCGUCAAUGGAAUCAAUGGCAUCAAGCAAAUAGUCGAGUCAGGCCUGAGAGCAGGGCGGGGAGAGCCCCGGGCUGGCUGUGUGCAGACAUGUGGCAACUAAAACAGAAAAAGUGCACCGAGGCCUCUUUCUCGGCAUCGGUCGUGCCCUCUCGACUGUGACGUCUCUGGCCGGGGUGCGCCAGCCAAUGGGCGAUUCCCGAUUAUUCGUCCUCAGCCGGCCACCAACCCCAUCGUCAUCGGUUAGCCGAAAAGUCCUCGCAGGCUGCUCGGUGGAGCCGACACAGCGUCGCAACUUCUGCCAGAAAGUCCAGUCCACAUUGAUUCAAAUCCAGCCCUUCUCGCCCUUCUGGCCUAAAGACUCUGCCUCUCCCGCUCAUCCACCACCCAGCAGGCCCUCCAACAAGCCCUUUUCUUUUUCCUCUGUCUCGUUCUCGUCUCUUGGGUUGGUGUCUCGAGAGCGAUUUCCUUUCUGGCGUUUGAUACCCCAAUAUCCCCUCCCAAUUGUUUUCUGUUCCCUCCCACCAAAAUCCCUCGAGCCUCCCUAGACACCCAUCAUGCUGGCCUCGCACCGCCAGCUGCUGGGUAGGGCUGCCCGCGCCCGCGUCGCCUCGUGCGGCAUGCGGCGCAUGGCCACUGUCAGCGACCAUCCUCUGGACAGGAAGGUCAGGCAGAACCUGCUCGCCCGCGAGGAGAACAACUUCAUCGACUACAAGAAGAUGUCGGAGAACCUCUCCAUCGUGCGCAGCCGCCUCAACCGCCCCCUCACCUUCGGCGAGAAGAUCCUGUACUCGCAUCUCGACGACCCCCACGGCCAGGACAUCGAGCGCGGCGUCUCAUACCUCAAGCUACGCCCUGACCGUGUGGCCUGCCAGGAUGCCACCGCCCAGAUGGCCAUCCUGCAGUUCAUGUCGGCCGGCAUGGACCGCGUCCAGACCCCCACCACCGUCCACUGCGACCAUCUUAUCGAGGCUCAGGUUGGCGGCCCCAAGGAUCUCGCCAGGGCCGUUGACAUCAACAAGGAGGUCUACGACUUCCUCCAGUCCUCUUCGGCCAAGUACAACAUCGGUUUCUGGAAGCCCGGCAGCGGUAUCAUUCACCAGAUCAUCCUGGAGAACUACGCCUUCCCCGGUCUUCUUAUGAUCGGAACUGACAGUCACACCCCCAACGGUGGUGGUCUUGGUGCUGCCGCCAUUGGUGUUGGUGGUGGUGACGCCGUCGAUGCCAUGGCCGGCCUGCCCUGGGAGCUCAAGGCCCCUAAGCAGCUCGGUGUCCGUCUGACUGGCGAGCUUAGCGGCUGGGCCACCCCCAAGGACAUCAUCCUUAAGGUUGCCGGCAUCCUCACUGUCAAGGGCGGCACCGGCUUCAUCGUCAACUACUUCGGUCCUGGACUUAACUCGAUCAGCUGCACUGGCCAGGCCACCAUCUGUAACAUGGGCGCCGAGAUUGGUGCCACCACCUCCCUGUUCAGCUUCAACGACCGCCAGGCCGACUACCUCAAGGCCACCAAGCGCUCUGAGAUCGCCGACUUUGCCCGCUCGUACGAGAAGGAGCUGCGCGAGGAUGAUGGCGCCGAGUUCGACCAGCUCAUCGAGAUCAACCUGUCGGAGCUUGAGCCCGCCAUCAACGGCCCCUUUACUCCCGAUCUGUACACUCCCAUCAGCAAGUUCGCUGCCGCCGUCAAGGAGAACGGCUGGCCCGAGGAGCUCAAGGCUGGUCUGAUCGGCUCCUGCACCAACAGCUCGUACGAGGACAUGUCCCGCGCCGCCUCCAUCGUCGAGGAUGCGCUGGCCCACGGCCUCAAGUCCAAGACCAUCUUCACCGUCACCCCCGGCUCUGAGCAGAUCCGCGCCACGAUUGAGCGCGACGGCCAGCUCAAGACGUUCGAGGAGUAUGGCGGCAUGGUCCUUGCCAACGCCUGCGGCCCCUGCAUCGGCCAGUGGGAUCGCACCGACGUCAAGAAGGGCGAGGCCAACAGCAUCAUCUCGAGCUACAACCGCAACUUCACGGGCCGCAACGACGGCAACCCCGCCACCCACUCGUUCGUCGCCUCGCCCGACCUGGUCGUCGCCAUGACGGUUGCCGGCAGGCUCAGCUUCAACCCCCUGACCGACACCCUCACGGGCAAGGACGGCAAGGAGUUCAAGCUCAAGCCCCCCACGGGCGACAGCCUCCCCCAGCGCGGAUACGACGCCGGCGAGGACACGUAUCAGGCCCCUCCUGUUGACCGCGCCUCGGUCCAGGUCGCCGUUGCCCCCUCGUCGGACCGCCUGCAGCUGCUCCAGCCGUUCGAGGCCUGGGACGGCAAGGACGCGCUGGACCUGCCCAUCCUGAUCAAGGCGCAUGGCAAGACCACCACGGACCACAUCUCCAUGGCCGGCCCGUGGCUCAAGUACCGCGGCCACCUGGACAACAUCUCCAACAACAUGCUGAUUGGCGCCAUCAACGAGGCCAACGGCGAGGCCAACAAGAUCAAGAACGCCUUCACGGGCGAGUUCGACGCGGUGCCCGCCACGGCCCGUGACUACAAGAGCAGGGGCGCCAAGUGGGUCGUGAUUGGCGACUGGAACUACGGUGAGGGCUCGUCGCGCGAGCACGCCGCCCUCGAACCACGCCACCUGGGCGGCCUGGCCAUCAUCACGCGCUCGUUUGCCCGUAUCCACGAGACCAACUUGAAGAAGCAGGGCAUGCUGCCCCUUACCUUCUCUGACCCCGCCGACUACGACAAGAUCAAGCCCGAGGACAAGGUCGACCUGCUGUGCACUGAGCUCGCCGUCGGCAAGCCAAUGACGCUGAGGGUGCACCCCAAGGACGGCAAGACGUUCGAGGUCAAGCUGUCGCACACGUUCAACGAGGGCCAAAUUGAGUGGUUCAACAACGGUAGCGCCCUCAACACUAUGGCCAAGAAGAACGCCAAAUAAGUUGGUGCUGGACACGCACGACAAACCCCAACCAAACAAAAGGUCGCAACGCCUCUCGGGCGUCCAGCGACGGCAAUAAAAAAUAAAGGAUCCGGGGGUGGCCCCGUGAAUAAACCAAAUUUUAUCAUGACGCUUUUGGGGCGAGAGCACGGAAAGGGACAGCGAGGGCUGCAGUAGGAUAAUGACGGGCGCAGUCAGGCCGAGGUCUGCGAGGUACAACAGCCUCGGGAACCCGCGCCGAGGAGGAAUGAGGAUGGGCGGGCGGACUAUGGUGUUUUAUAUGGUUUUAUGAAUCCGGGACUGUGGCCAGUCGGCUUUUCUGUAUAAAAUUCGCGUCGCAUCUGCCAAAUUUACUUGAGUUG